UAUCCAAUUCCUCAGGGUGAAGUUCAUCAUGUUAUAAAUCCAGAUCCAUAUCGAGGGGUUUUUGGCUCUGAUUCUUCUUGUUAUGCUAAUGAAGUUUGCGAUCAUAUUGCUUAUGCUACUCCUGGAAAAGUUGCAGGAUUUAUUGCAGAAACAUUUCAGGGAGUUGGGGGUGCAGUAGAAUUGGCUCCUGGAUACCUAAAAUUAACGUAUGAUAUUGUUCGUCAAGCUGGUGGUGUUUGCAUAGCUGAUGAGGUUCAAAGUGGCUUUGGUCGCACCGGAAACCAUUAUUGGGGCUUUCAGACGCAAGAUGUUGUCCCAGAUAUUGUCACCAUGGCAAAGGGUAUUGGUAACGGCUUACCGCUGGGAGCAGUAGUCACAACUCCUGAAAUAGCUCAAGUGAUGGCUCAAAGGAUACAGUUCAACACAUUUGGUGGGAAUCCUGUGUGUUCUGUCGGCGGGCAUGCAGUGCUUAAGGUUCUUGAUAAGGAGAAUCGUCAAACACAUUGUGCCGAUGUCGGGUCUCACUUGAUUGGACGAUUGAAAGAGCUUCAACAAAAGCAUGAAAUUAUUGGACAUGUGAGAGGCAGGGGACUAAUGCUAGGUGUGGAACUUGUCACUGAUAGAAAAGACAAAACUCCUGCCAAAGCAGAGACUUUGAUGUUAUUUGAGAAGCUUAAAGAUCUGGGAGUUCUGGUUGGGAAAGGAGGUCUUCAUGGGAAUGUUUUCCGAAUAAAGCCACCAAUGCGCUUCACCAAAGAGGAUGCAGAUUUUCUGGCAGAUGCAUUGGACUAUGCCAUCUCUACUAUGUGAAUGUGUGUUCUGUUCCUUGAACUAGAAAUAAUAGAGCUUCAACACCGGCUAAAGAGUUCUGUGAGCAAGCGUAAUGUAAUUUCUUCUUUGCUUCCUCUAUGAUGUUGAAAUGUUUUGUUUGUCUAAGAAGUUGAGAAAUUUUGAGGAAGAUUCAGAU